AUGGCACCAAAGGUGUGCAAUCUGACGCUUCCGACUCUCAAUAUAAGCUGUGUGCAACAAAUACCUAGUUUACCAAGGGAAUUAACUUUUAACGACGACAAUUUAGUUUCUGUCAUAACCUGUUCUUGUUUGUUUAUAAUCGCGGCUUGUGGAAAUCUCACGGUUUUUAUAACGUUAUUUAGAAACAGGAAUAUUAAAUCGCGAGUGAACUUAUUUAUCAUGCAUUUAUCAAUUGCUGAUUUAAUAGUGACUUUUGUAAUGCUUCCCUUGGAAACAGUUUGGCAUGUUACCGUGGCGUGGCAAGCCGGGGACCUUGCCUGUAGGGUCAUGAUGUUUUUCCGUGCCUUUGGAUUCUAUCUUUCAUCGUUUAUAUUAGUGACUAUAAGUUUGGACCGGUACUUUGCCAUCAUGCACCCCUUAAGUUUGAACGAUGCCGACAGAAGAGGCAAAAUUAUGUUAGCCUUAGCUUGGUUAUUUAGCAUUAUUGCCAGCAUUCCGCAGAGUGUGAUAUUUCAUGUUGAAAGACAUCCACAAUUUACCUGGUUUACACAGUGUGUUACCUUUAACUUCUUUCCAUCUGCCCGCCAUGAGUUAGCCUAUAAUCUCUUUAAUGUCAUUGCUGUAUAUGGUCUACCACUGGUCAUCAUCACUGCAACCUACUCCCUUAUUUUAUGUGAAAUAUCUAAAAAAUCGAGGCAAAGCAAAGAUCAACUGAGAGAGUCAUCAUGCCGAACAAAGAUAGGGUUAAGAAGAUCCGCCAUGGGUAAUAUUGAAAGAGCCAGAAUUAGAACGCUGAAAAUGACUUUAGUUAUAGUUGGUGUGUUUGUCUUGUGUUGGACGCCAUAUUUUUUGUUAUCUGCGUGGUGGUGGUUUGACAGAGAAUCGGCGGUUAAAUUAGAUCCGAAAAUACGACGAGGCUUAUUUCUGUUUGCCGUGUCAAAUUCCUGCAUGGAUCCGAUUGUCUACGGCAUGUUCACAACUGCUUUUGGAAGGGAAGCGAGAAAAUGGAAGAGUUGGUUAAAGACCAAAUUAGGCAGGAGACCUUUCUUUACUAGGUGUGCUACAGGUCAACCGUUUAUAUACUCUUAUUCUCUCUGACGUAUCCAUAGAAACAGACAAAGAAUGACGGGAGUGGUUUGAACUUUGUAUU